AUGACCACAUCUUUGCAAUACCUUCCCGGCCUCAAAGGCGCUAAGGUCACCCUCGACUCACCGCCAGGACCGCCGUUUUACAUUCCCCCCAAGACCUGGCAAAUCGUCAAGCUUGACGAGAGCGCAAAUGUAGCGGACGAGCGAGACAUCGCGGACGGUCUGGGCCCUGGAUACGUUGCUGGAAAGUUUCUUUGUCAACCCGCCGGUUCCGACGACCAACAGAAGCUCGCAUGCAUGCGAAUCUAUAAGCAGAUUCCUACCACUGGGACUGAGUUCCAGAAGCCUAAAAUCCGGGCUGCCCAGGCCACAGAGCCACAUGAACCUUUAGAGCUGGGCGCCUUAAAGGCAUUCAAGGAGUAA